AUGAACUACAGUAGCAAUGUUGACAAUUGUCCUGUGCCAGCAGCCAAUCCUGACGAUGAAGGUUGUAAAUUACUAGAUUCUUUUGCCAUUCUUGUGCAAAUUACACUUGCGUCCACUGCCCUCAUUACCUUAUUCUAUAAACGCUCAAGAGAGAAACCACAGAGACCCGUUAUUAUUUGGGCUUUGGACGUCAGUAAACAGUUUAUUGGUGCAGGUGUAGUCCAUUUCUUGAACCUCCUGGUUAGCUAUAUUGCGGGUCGACCCAAAGACGGCAAACACACCAAUCUUUGCGUUUGGUAUUUCUUAAACGUUGCUGUGGAUACGACUGUGGGUGUCGGAAUUUUAUGGUGCUGGCUACAUCUGAUUCAGUGGUUCUUACAGAAAUGUCAUAUAAAAUAUAUCAAGACCGGUCAAUACGGUCAUCCACCUCAAUAUUCGGCUUGGUUAAAACAAACUCUGAUCUUUAUUUUAGCAGAAACUUUAAUGAAAUUAUGCGUGUACGGCAUGUUUCGGCACCUAUCGUUUUUAUUCGCCUGGGGGGAAUGGGUUCUAAGGUGGACGAAAGGAAAUUAUAGAUAUCAAGUUAUAUUUGUGAUGCUUGUCUUCCCUCUCAUCAUGAAUGUCAUUCAAUUCUGGAUUGUUGAUACCAUUGUAAAGGUGACACCCAAACUCUCUGAUGAGGAAGAACAAGCAGUGCAUUCGGCCGUAGAGCAACAACUGCAAGCAGACGCAGAACAGCAUACCGAACGCUCACCAUUGAUUCCCAAAUAA